AUGUACAGCUUCAGCACCCAGCGCAAUACCUAUCGAAUUUACACCGAAUACGCUGACUUGGGUUGCCGGGUGCGACAGUCCUUGUCCCGCACCGCGACGAACAAACAACUGCGGACUGAUCGCAUCGGGAGCCGCCACGCUAGGUGGAAGGCAAGAACAGACUUGGACUAUAACCUCGCGCUUGAUAUGCGCGAUGAGAACAACUACGCUCGCGCCGUCGCCCUCUGGGAGACGAACCCUCGCAGUCAACUCCGUGACCCAUACGCCAACGUGGUCGGCUGGUACAUGGGCAAGAUCGACAAGCAAUCCUGGAUCGGCCGUCCAGUCUCGGCUCAUCGACGAAUACGUCCAGCAAAGCUCAUGCCUAGAGGUAAAAGCGUCCGCCAUGAUGCGUACUUCAAAGUCAAAGCCGAGCGCGAGGCGAGCGAGGCAGGCGAAGGAGAUAUUCUCACGGCUGCCGACGAUGGCUGGCUGCGUGGGAAAGCAAACGUACCUGGGACGGAGUUCGCGACGGCUGCCAGGCGGCGAGAUCAGCAGAUUGAGUUGGAGAGGAUUCUUGCGAGCCUGAAACAUGCCGGCGCACUACCUACCUCUGGAGCGUGGGCAGAUGGAGCGGGCCGAGCUGAAGCAAGCAAAGUGCGAGACAGCAAAGGAUCUGCCGUGGUUCGCUCUGCAGGCGCCUUGCUAACACCAUUGGACACGUCUGACGAAUCUGGAGGCGAGCGCUAUAGCUGA